GGAUCGCGCGUUGAUGAAGGGAGAUUUUAUCGGGACUGCGGUUACUGCUGCGAUCGCAGUGAAGUAGAUCAAGCCGCUUGUCGAGCCCGGUCUCCCUGAGGUUACGGGCGGCCUCUCCCGUUCCCUCCCCAAGCGAUCUUGUUCUGUGCUCGUGAUACCUUUAAGGAGACACCUUGCUGUUGCUCUGUGCGAGCUUGGCACAUCAUGGAUCAGAUUAAGUCUGUGGUAGCUGGUGCCCGAGCCGCGUUUAACCAGGGUAAAACCCAACGACUGGAAUUCCGCAUUCAGCAGCUGAAGGCUCUGGAGACAAUGUUGACCAACAAGAAAGAUCAAAUCUUAGAGGCGCUGAGCAAGGACUUGCACAAGGAAAAAUUUGAAGCAGAAAUAUUUGAAAUCUUGGGCAUUCUGAAUGACAUUACUGUGACUUUGAACAAGCUCCCUGAGUGGAUGGCACCAGAGUACGUGUCAAAAAGCAUGACAACGCUAAUGGACAGUGUUUACAUCCACCGAGAGCCUCUGGGUGUGGUUCUUAUCAUUGGAGCUUGGAACUACCCAUUGGCCCUUGUGCUCCAGCCGUUAGUUGGGGCCAUUGCGGCAGGAAACGCCGCAGUCCUGAAGCCGUCGGAAGUGAGUGGAAAUACCGCCCAGUUGCUGGCGGAUCUGCUCCCUCAGUACCUGGACAAGGAGCUCUACCCUGUAAUUAAUGGAGCAGAAAAGGAGGCCACCGAACUACUGAGCAUUCACUUUGAUCACAUCUUCUUCACGGGCAGUGCUGCCAUUGGCCAGAUCGUCAUGGAAGCUGCUGCCAAGCACCUGACGCCGGUGACCCUGGAGCUUGGCGGGAAGAGCCCAUGCUACAUCGAUAAGGACUGCAAUCUGGACGUUGCCUGCAGGCGUAUAGCAUGGGCCAAGUACGCUAACUGUGGCCAGAGCUGCAUCGCCCCGGACUACAUCCUGUGUGACAAAAGUAUCCAAGAUAAAGUGGCAGAGAAGAUCAGCUCCGCUACUACAGAAUUUUAUGGAUCCAACCCCCAGACAUCCCCGGACUAUGGACGAGUCAUUAACCAGCGACAUUUUCGGAGAAUUAUGUCCUUGCUGGAGGGAGUGAAUGUGGCGUACGGGGGUCAGAAUGAGGAAGGAGAUUUCUACAUAGCUCCAACAGUUGUGACUGAUGUGGAUCCUGACUCCAAGAUAAUGCAGGAGGAGAUCUUUGGGCCGGUGCUGCCCAUUGUCACGGUCAGUAGUGUGGACGAGGCCAUUGCCUUCAUCAACAAGCGGGACAAACCUUUGGCUCUCUAUGUCUUCUCCCACAACAAGAAGUUGAUAAAGAAGAUGAUCGCAAAGACGUCCAGUGGCGGAGUCACAGCCAAUGACUGCCUCAUCCAUUAUACUCUCCACACUCUCCCAUUUGGAGGCGUGGGUACAAGUGGCUUGGGGGCAUACCAUGGCAAAUACAGCUUUGAAACAUUCAGUCAUCGCCGAGCAUGUGUGCUGAAGUCACUGGGCAUGGAAAAAUUGAACAGUGUGCGGUAUGCGCCCGCUACUGAAUCAAAGCAAAAGUGGACGCAAUGGUUGUUGAAGAAGUAAUGAAAAGCGUUGUAUGAUGAUAAACAGGCCAACUUCAUUGGCAUUGACCUUCUGACAACCUUGGGAUUGAGGCCCUGUGUAAAGCCAUUAUUUUGUGGGAAGAAUGAGCUGAACAAACUGCACAGAAAUCCAACCAAAUCAACUCUUGGAAUCUAAACUCUUCCAUUGCAACAUCCCAAUCAACUGACUAACUUCUAACAUUCUUAAUGACUAAGAUGCAGGAUGGAGGAACUAGUGCCAGAAAUGGCAAAGUAAGCUAAAUGACCUCCCAUACUGUAACUUCUGAUUCAAAAUUUAAUUUUUUAACAUUGAAUCUUUUGUACUUUACAACUGCAUCUUACUUAUUUUAAUCAUAUAAUGUGUUCUUAUUUACUAAGGUUUAAUUGUGUACAGAAAUAGAUUAUCUGUCUCUAAAUCAGCUGCUGAACUGUUAUUCACACAAAAUGCUGUGAGGAACUCAGCAGGUCAGGCAGUAUUUAUGGGAAAGAAUAAAAAGCCACAUCCCGAUUAAGGGUUUCGGCCCAAAAUGUCAACUCUUUAUUCAUUUCCAUAUAUGUUGCCUAACCUGCUGAGUUCCUCCAGCAUUUUGUGUGUGUUACUCUGGAUUUCCAGUGUCUGCAGAAUCUCUUGUGCUUAACUGCUAUCGCGGGCUAUAGAUUUUAUCCCCCUGAAUGCAUUGUUAACAUGGUGAAUAGGUGUUUUAAUGAGGAGAAUUCAGAGAAGUAUUGAAUAUAGACGAGUUGCACAUGAGUUUCACUCUACAUGCCUGCCUGCAUGUGCACUUUCUCCUCUACAGUUCUCCUUCUUGACUUCUUUUUUUCUGUUUCCUUCCUUUCGACACUCAAACAGUGAUUGUAUUUUAAGAAUGUUCUACUUUACCCAUGGGAAGUGUUUGGGACUUCCUGAGGUUAUGAAAGGUGUUCUCUUAGGCAGUACACCUUGUUUGUCUGACUCCAGUCUCCAAAAACAGACACUACUGCAAGUUUUGUUGUGUGAAGCGACAAGCAGGUGGAGAAAGGAAAAGGUUCAAGAACGUGCCCUUUUCAUGAAAUGCACCAUUUCUCAGGGGAAUGUCUGACUCCUGGCCACUCAAAGUGGAGGAAGGGAAUUUGGGAUGGUAUUGAGAACCUGGUGGUCAUAGAACUCUACAGUCUACAGGAAGGAGUGCAUCACCUCACAGAAUAUAGGUUUCCCCCGCCAUCCGAAGGUAGAGCAUUCCUAUGAAACGGUUCGUAAGCCGGAAUGUCGUAAAGCGAAGAAGCAAUGACCAUUUAUUUAUAUGGGAAAAUUUUGUGAGCGUUCGCAGACCCAACAAUAACCUACCAAAUCAUGCCAAGUAACACAUAAAACCUAAAAUAACAGUAACAUAUAGUAAAAGCAGGAAUGAUAUGAAAAAUACACAGCCUAUAUAAAGUAGAAAUACUUUUCCACAAUCAUUGCCUGAACUGUUCUCCGUAGCGAAAAUCUCACGUGAGCGCUCUCGGCAGAAACACUCUCUCCAGUAACCUUUAAGCUAUGAACCUGCCAAAUCAUACCAAAUAACACGUAAAAAUACACAGCCUAUAUAAAGUAGAAAUAAUGUAUGUACAGUGUAGUAUCACUUACGGGAAUUGGGAGGGCAGCGCCGAGCACACUGAUGAUGGUGUGUUAGACUGAGUCGUCGGAGUUUGGGUGGUGCAGUGGCCCCCACCCUCCAGGCAGCGAACCAACACCGAUCUGCGAAGCAUGCAGCAGUCCAGCGGUAGCCGGGACACACUCAGCACGUCUUUAAGAAAAACGCCAAAAUAAACAAGCUAAUUAAUUAGGUGCUGCCCGGCAUGUAAAUGUCGGCCCAGAUCAGAGGCGAAUCGCGGAGAAUGCAGCAGUAGCCGGGUGGCACCUAAUUAAUUAGCAUGUUUACUUUGGCUUUUUUCUUAAAGAUGUGCUGUGUGCCUCCCGGCUACUGCAUUCUCCGCGAAUUGGUAUCUGUCUGCGGCCUGGGGGCUGGGGUGGUGGGACACUGGGGUGUCAAUUCAUCGUUGUCUGUUUCCAUCAGGGCAGGCAGGUCAUCGUCUUCUAUGUCUGCCUGCCUCGAUGUCGAAGGUUGAGGUUUGUCGUCUGCUGUGGCUGAUGUGGAAGGCUUGCUUGACUGCUUAGCCUCACGCAUUUUUCUAUCAUACAGUUCUUUGUAAGAACUCAAACCAUCUUGCAAAUAUCCCCUAAACCUACGUACCCUUUCAAAAUUAAAGUCGUACUUUAUCGUUACUCAUUCGGUUUCGAUUAUCCUUUCCUCUUCCAAUUGCAUAGGCUCUUCAUCUAUCAGUUCUUGGUCAUGGGAUGCCAAAACCUCUUCAACAUCAUUUUCGUCAACUUCCACAAGCCAAACUCACUUUGUCCUUACUUCGUUCACCACAAUUGAAAUGCUUAAUUAUGUCUAGUUUUACGCUAAAUGUAACACCCUUACGAGCCCUUUUAGGCUUUUCCGAUACCUUAGAACUCAUCUUGCAAACGGCUGCUCACAGGCAUGUGUUAAAGCAAUGCCGGCGAGAAUGCAGUUCCAAAUCCGGGGGAGAACGGCUGCUCGGGGCGCGUGCUGCCUUUUUUUUUUAUCACACACUGCUUUUCUUCGUAACAGUGAAAACACCUUCUGUUAGUGAAAACAGGUAACUAAUGUAGGUCUUUCGUACCAGUGAGGUUUCAUAAAGCGAACGUUUGAAAAGCAGGGGACACCUGUAUCCACCUGGUCAGUCAUCUCUGCCUCAUCUGAGGAAGAGACUGCAGUUCCCAUCCGGGUCACUGAACCCAAAGUAUGAGAUAGAACUAAGUCAAACUCAGUCUCGAAGGAAUGCAAGGGGUUUUCUCAAUUAAAAAGAAGGGGUGCAAUGUAAAGGAGGAAGGUUACAACGAAGCAUCAGGAAAUAAGGAUCUCAAAAAGGAUUGUGAAAUGUUCCAGGAUUUCUUUUGGACUCCCUGAUCUUGGUACCCAAACUCUCUUCUGAAGUCAGAUUCAAAACUGCACGUAGCUGUGGUCAAGCAGAAAAAUCAAUGUUGCAUCUCUCUUGGAUUGAUACAUCUUUUCCAGGGAGAAACCUUCCCCAGUAUGAGGCCUAAAUUUAUUAGGGAGUUCAAUUCUAUUUCACUGCUUUGUUUACUUUGGACAGUCAUUCUAUUUCAUUUAAUUGAACACUUGACUUCGCCAUUAAAUUUCAUUAUCUCAAGUAAUGGAUCUUGGUGGUCUGAUUUAUUAUCUG